UAAUGUAAAAUGGCUGACGUUCACGAUAUAAGUUUAGCUAUGUGUUUUUCUUAGUAUAUGCUGUAUUUACAAAUAUUGGAGAGCUUCGUGUGUAUAACAGUUGAGAAACUAACUAAAUGCAAAUUGUGUUUUACGGAUUUAUUAGGUUUUGGAUGCGGAUAACUGUAGAAAUCAGUUUCGUGUUGGUGAUGAGAUACCCAGCACAUGCGGGCCACGUAAUACACGGCGGCAAUCGAUUAUAGACGAGAGCAGAAGACGGCUCCAUUAGUUUGUUACCAAAACUUUAGGAGAGGAGAGAGAGACCGGCAAAAGUGGCCGGUGGCAUGAAAUCGGAUUCAAAGUCCGACGGCGGAGGCGGCGAUAUGGGAGACAGACGAGUGAGUAUCGGCGACGACGACAGGCGCGAACGAGACAGGGACCGUGACGCCAGGGACCACCGUGACUCCGGCGGAGGGCUCGGCGGUCGGAGACGCGGCGAAGACAGGGGCUCGGACGGAGAUGCAUCUGGUGGUGAGGAGAGCAGCGUGUGCCGCGACUUCCUGCGUUCGAAUUGCAGGCGCGGGCGGCGCUGCCGGUAUAUCCAUCCCGAAGGGAAGGAGGGGGAAGAAGGUAAGUGGGAGGAGUUCGUCUUCUGCCGAGACUACCAGAAUUCGACCUGCCGGCGAGCGGGUUGUCGCUUUGUGCACUGUUCGCGAGAGGACGAGGCGACGUACCGAAUGACGGGUAUGCUUCCACCGCACGUGUUGGAGGCAGCUAUCAUGCAGGGCAAGACAGGCGGCUUACCUACGCUGUCACGGCCUGGGGAGGCCCCCGUGUGCCGUGAUUAUCUUAAAGGAGAGUGUCGCCGCGGACCGCAGGCCUGCCGGUUCCGUCACCUGUCUGUGCGCGAGUACCAGGAGGAGCUGGGAUACGUGAGCCAGGUGGCGGCGGCGAGCUCUCCCGCGGCGGCUGCCAUGGUCGCGGCGGCCAUGCAGCAGCAGCAGCAGCAACAGCAGCAGCAGGCGAGCACACUGCACCACCAGGCGAGUGCCACCGGGACGGCCGCCGCCGGCAACGGGACGGCGGCAGCCGCCGCUGCGGCGGCGGCGGCCGCGGCUGCCGGGGGCCCGCCAUGUCGGCCGCGGCGGCGGCUGCCGCCGCCGCGCACCACCCCGCACUCGCCGCUUACCACCACUUGGGGCAGCCGCCGCCCCCCUCCGCCGUGGCAGGUGGGUGCUGUCGGCGAUAUCGCCAAUGGCACUGCGCAACACUACGCUGCCGUCGCACCCGAGCAGUACUUGAGGUUCGAUUUCCCGCCACCGAUGCAGCAGCCACCUCCGCCGCCGCCUUCACUGUGUGUCGGCUACGAGCCGGAGCCGAAGCGUAGCCGCAUGGACCACGCCGGCACUGCUGCUGCUGGUGGGGAGGCUGCCCGCAUUUAUGUGUUGGAGGAAGAGAAUGCCAUGCUCCACAAGAAGCUUGACGAUCUUAAAAAGCAGGUGCAGGACCUGACGGCGACGAACGAGUUCCUGCUGGACCAGAAUGCGCAGCUGCGCAUGGCGAGCAAGCGGCAGGUGGUGCCCGCGGUGAGCAUGACAAGCACCGUGCCCGGGGCAGGCCCCACUCUGCAGGUGCAGGCCGUGGACACUAUGGGCGCUCAGAUGCAGGUCGCGGGUGCCGCGCAGAUGGCGGCGGUGGCGGCUGUGGCGGCCGGCGCUCUGAGGUCGUCGGCGGUGCCCGUAUCGGUGGCGGGCAUGGCGGUGCCCGUGUCCUUAGCUGCCAGCAUCGGCGUGGCUCCCGUGCAGAUCCCGCAGUCGUGGAUUUGCUUCAAAACUUAUCAUCGAUACGUGUACAAAUCGGACGCAUCUCCUCUGGGUGCACAGCCGCAGCCGCCGCCACCGCCGGGAGCCCCCGCCCCGCAGCCGCAGGCACCGCCUCCGCCCCCGCAGACACCCGCCAUGUCGAUGGCCGCUGCCGGGGCUGCGGCGAGUGCCCCGCUGGUGUCUUACCCGAUGGUGGGGCAGGACCUGCGCCCCGUGCUGCCGACUGGCCUCUCCCACUGAGGGGGUCUACUUGACACUGUGAACUGAAAUUUCGUCACGACUCUAGUGCAAUUUUUAUGUGCUGAUUUUGUGUGUUUAUUUCUUUUUGGUUAAGAAAUCUUUUCCUGGAAUUCUGAUUGGAGAUAGUCGAACCUAUGAAAUAGUUUUUCCAGUAAAUUUUGCCAAGUGUCAUUUUCCACAGAGAAAGCGAUUGGACAAAUAUUUGUACCUGGCAGUUAGCUGCGGCAACAGUUAAGGUGUCCAAAAUGUGUACAGUGAUAUAACGUACGCUGCGACUUCGUAUUGUGCGGUGGAUCUGACAGCGGCUUGCUCUGAGCACUAUUUGACCCUACCUUUUACGAUUGUCGUAAAGCACGUACUCUCUCUUGUAUCUGAGUUUCCUCUGUCGUAUGUACAGUUUACUUACCUAUUUCCGUUGGCUAUUCUGUGUUUUAGUCAUUUCAGUAGCUGACUCGAAGAGCUGUAGGUAGCUGUGUGAUCGACUACUGGUGUGUAUAAGUAUUUUGGUGAUUGGUCUUUUUCACGUAGAAAUCUGUUUUCUAAUUGUGAAACAACUAUUGUCAAUUAAACAGAAAAUGUAUAAUUUACUUUUAUUGAUUUUUGUAAAUACAAAUUUGGUGUUAUAGUUAUGGAAUGUGUAAUGUGAAACUGAAUAUUGUUACAUAAAAUCAAGUUUUUGAUUUUCCAAAUGCUGCAAAAGAUUCCACCUGCAGAAAGAAUUUCUGCUCUCGAAUUUAAAAAUGUAAUCACUUGUAACUGAAUUGGACAUCAGUCCCGUACAGCUCUGCAGUGUAAGUAAAGUAGCACGAUAGCAUAACUUCCGAUGUGUUACUUUGAAUUUAAUUACAGGAAAAGAAUUUCUUGUUGUGAAUUGAAAUAUUGUCUUUUGAGUUAGGGAGCCUGGCACGAGAUUGUACAAGAUUGUGAAAUCUUUGAUUGUCAGAUUUGGCAAUUACAAAAAAUGCGUAUUGUGUAUGGUACAAAACAUUACACAAAUUACUGUGAAAUAAUUACAGAAAAUGGAGCUAAGAGUAAGAAAGAUGACUAGAUGCUAAGCACUUGCGAAUUAACAUGUACAAAAGAAUAAAGAGUACAAUGUUAUCAGUCCCUUCAUCUUUGUCUGGAAAGAGUGUGACUGAAUGGAAUGAGACUUAUGGACACAUAGUGGUCUCACAUUAGCAUUAAAAUUCUCUCUCAAUCCCAUCUGUGGCAGCAAAUCAGUCCCAGUUUCCGAUAGAUUCUGUUAUGUUCCUAUUUGAUUCUGGAGGCUGUCAUUUUUCUGAAAAUUCAGAACUGCGCACAUAAUACAAGAAACACUUAUUCACUGAUUCUACCUGUAUUUCUGCAUUUGUUUUCUAGUUAUAUCACUGAUAGCGGUAUUCUGUUUACACUUAAAUUUUCCUGCUGUGUGUUGAAUGAAAAAUGGAUGUGGCUUCACAUGAGUAUAUGCUCAGCUCACUUCCAGUACUGCAAAGUUCCAUGCUAUUAAGGAAGUUGCCAGUGAUUAAAAUUGGUAUUACCACAGAUGUUUUUGAUUUUGAAGAAUGUUUCACAUUUGUUGUAUUUGAUUCAAUAUUUUGAGAGGUCUGUUUAAAGGAAAUGGGACCAGUUCUUAACACCGGUUAAGAACUUGCUCAUAUGAAAAACGUGUGGACAUUUACAAAUGGGAAAUUUGCUGUGUGAAGUCUUGGGCUAGGGAGACAGUUUCAGAUUGUAAGUCUGCUUGUAACAGAAGCUAUGUAACUUAGUUUGUAGGUAACAUUUUUCAUAUUAUACACAGCAGAAAACUGUUCUUUCUUUCUUAAAUUUAUUUUUAACAGUGCAUCACAAACUGUUAAUUGUUCUAAUUAAUCACACCAAAAGCAGCUUUUCAGUGGUUUAGGAAAUUUAUAUGACACAGGAAGAGUCUUUCAGGUUUUUCCCACUAAGAAAUAUCAUUAAUCUGAGUGCUUCAUCGAAAGAAAUACAUUUGUUAGUGAUGUUGUCACUGCGAGGAAUUUUCCCAUGCAGCUGACACAGAGAACAGGGUUCCCAGAUUGGCAAUCUGGUUGGUUCAUAGCAAGAAACAUGUACGGGAUUGAACAGGAAAGACAGUAUCAAAUUGUGUGUUUGAUGGUUUGUUGCAAUUGAUCUGUUGAUAUAUUUGAAACCUUAAAGUUCUAGAGCUAUUGCUCUUAACAGAGUUGACUAUCUCUGUGUCACACUGUGUAUCCAUUUGCGAUCAUCAGAUGAAAGAUAGAGGAAGAGGUAUUUUGCAGUGAAAUGUAGUUGAGAGCUUUGGUGGGUUUUGUUCAAACAAAUUUUAUUUUCCUCACUGUGAAAUGAUUUUGUUGUAGAAGAAUUGUUUUAUUGAAUAGUCUUUAUAAUGUGCAUAAGUUUCUACAAGCACUAAUUGUGGAGUAUAUUUUAAUUUUGUACUGAUAUUGUAUUCCAUGCACUGUCCUCUGAAAUAUGUAUUAUGAUUUAAUUUUUGUUGAAGUUGUGUUUUUAUUUUCAUUUGUCAUACAUAAUGGUUUUUAUUGGUCUUACACAUAUUUGCACAUACAUUUUACAUUGUGGUUGACUAUAUUGCACGCGAGAGCUGUGGAAGGUGACACAGUAUUGGACACUUUACUUUACUAUUAUUAACUGUCUGCUACAGAAUUUUGGAAUAAGUUUUUUUCUAUUUCUUAAAAGAAAGUCUCAUUUAUACAGUGUUUUUCUCAGGUGGAACUGUUCCUUUUGUGAUCCAUUUUGUGUGUAUGCCCUCCAUCAUGUCCCAGUGCUAUUUCUGGGAUCUUAAUUUGUACAGGAAUACAGAUAUAAGAAUUUUUUUUGAGAAUUCUCUUCUUGCUAGCUGUUUGAAUCAUCCAGUGUCAUAACUGUCACAUUUACACUUUGGCAGUAUAUAUAGGGAUUCCAUUUGAUGCUGCAAAUAAUGUUCUGUAGCUCUGUGGUUUGGCACAGUAUAUUAUGUAAAUAACUCUUAAUAAAAAAUGAAAUUGUGGUAAAAUGGUUGGAACAUAUUUGAUGUGCAGUGCAUAUUUAUUGCUCUCUCUGCAGUAUAAUUUCCCCUCCUCUUAUAGGCAUGGUUUCAUUUAGUGCCCUCUGUGUGAUAGUUUUGUAUUGUUUCUUAGAAACUGCUAGGAAAAUUUGACAAGAGGUUAUAGAUAUAUUUUAUUGUACAUUUGUGUAUGACAAUCUCUGUAACACUUUGAAUGACUGUUAACAGAUUAACAACUGUGUGUGAUAUAACAAAAAUAUAAAUAGUAAGUAAAUGUAGAAAGUAACUGUCCAGUGAGUGUUUCAAGCACAUAUUUGGACUCUGCUGCUCUGUCUUUACUGUGUUGGUGUUGCAGAAUGUCUGAAGAAAGUAGAUACCAUUUCCAAUUAAAGUGUAAUAAGAUCUUUCAACUGUAAUCAGAUCUGGAGAAGGGCGAGUGCAGUUUCCCCAGUGUCACAUUUUUUUCAAACUCUGUGUUCACAUUAAUAAAGCUAAAAGAAAAACGAAAACUCAUAAAAGAAGAUGGGGAUAGAUGUUAGGGAGGAAGGGGUGAAUAUUCAUUUGUUCUUGGUGAAAUGGAUUCUCUGUACUUGAAAAACUGAUAGUAAUAAAGUCUGUCUGUAUUCUAAAAAAUCCAGUUUUUAAAUAUGUUGUCUAUGUAAUUUCCUGUCAUCAUUUUUAUAAAUGCUCAGUUAAAUACAAAAUGUAACAACUGUUGCUGCAAGCCCUUAGAAGUUGUUUAUCUUUUAAUUAUGCCAACACUGAUAAGCCUCUACAGUCUCCAGUUAUGAAAAGAGAACUAGUCUCUCUUUUUGACUGUUAAAAUAGAGGCAUGUAAUGUGAGACAUGCCACUGGAGGCAGCUCUGUCAUUAAUCUCAACAGUUCUGUUCAGAAUACUGACAGAAGAGAGAGACUUUUCAUGUAAUAAUAUUUGUGUGUGUGUGUGUGUGUGUGUGUGUGUGUGUGUGUGUGUGUGUGUGUGAGUGUGUGUGUGUGGUUUUGCAGUAUUGGGGUUCUUAAUAAGAUUAGCUUAGAAGUAUGGAAAUUUAAAGUUAAAUAUAUGACAUUCUGGGAUGUACAUGUUUUGCUUCUUUGCUUUUCUUGUCUCGUGUGUUAAAAAAGUAGAGAUUCAAUUAUACAUCAUUGCUGUAACCAAGUAUAAUAAACAUAAUUUUACGUUC